AUGUUGGACAGCGAUGAGGAGGAAGAGCUGGAGCUGAUCAACUGCGAGCAGUCAAACGAAGAGGGCUUGCUUUCCCAUAAAAGCUUCCGUCGGGGUGGGCCAGAUGAUUCUGUGGUAGCCCAGAGGGGCUCACUCGUCUAUGUGCCGAAUAUGGAUCUCUCACCAAUGCAGCGGAAGAAAGCAAAGGGACGUCUGCAUGCUCGCCGACGUCGGGGUGUGGAUCGACAGGACGCGUCUACACGCUCAGCGGGCGCGAAGGCCGUAUCCCUAAAACGCGUCCACAUGGCCACGCCGGUAGCAAGCACAUCCUCGGUCCCAGUACCUAGCAAAAGCAGCUAUACUGGAGGGACUUCGAGGGUGGAGGAUCAGCGUGAAUGGACCUUGCCGGAACUCAUGGAUAUGGGUUUCCAAUUGGUCACCAAUGACGGACACAUCCCAAUCGUUGACGGAAAAGGUCGCAUCUUUGUAUCUGGCUGUAGUCCGCCUCGAGAUGACCUCACUGCUCGAGGCGGCAUGCCGUGUUGGAAUGAAACCCGUGCUGAGGCGUUGCGUGCGAUUUUGGAAUGUCGCGAUGCAACAGGUCUGUGCUACGCUAUGCAGCAUCGGCGUGGAAAUUAUGCAACUGUAGCAGCAGCGCUGGAAAGGCUGUGCAGUAAUGAAGCGGUGAAAAGGGUGGCUGGCUAUAUGAACGAUUGUUUCAGGGUGUCCCAACCAGAUCUCUUUGAUCUCUAUGCCGAUACUCUGCAUACCCUUCUCUCGCAACAUCCUCAGCUUCAGCCUAACUUCCCACCUGAAGUGUCUGUAUUUGCUGCGGCAAUUUUUAACUUGGGACCUCAAAUGGUGACAAUUGGACAUUACGACAGCAAAAACCUUGGAUGGGGGAUGUGUGUAGUCUACGCCGAUGGGAAUUUCAAUCAUCAAAUGGGAGGACAUCUCAUUCUGUGGGACCUCAAGAUCGUCCUCGAGUUUCCUCCAGGAACUUGCAUCAUUCUACCGUCGGCGCUCAUUAAACACUCUAACGUUCCAAUCCAGCCCAGCGAAUCACGAAUUUCUUUUACACAGUACACUGCUGCAGGACUUUUUCGUUGGGUGGGCAACGGUUGCAUGUCCGACUGA